AAUUCCAUCACCACACGCAGGGCUCCCCCAACACUUGGGUGGAUCUAUAUUUCUUGAGUGUUUGCUUUCCACUUUCACAGCAAUUCCAAUAACAGUGCUGCUUUCAGUGAUGCCUUCUAACGCCAUCAUCCACCACACCUCUUCUUCAUCUCAUGCAAUUAGCAGAAAUGACGUAUUUGUGAGCUUCCGCGGUGAAGACACGCGCAACAACUUCAUUGGUUUUCUCUUUCAAGCUCUCCAUAGAAAAGGCAUUGGUGCCUUCAAAGAUGACGAAGAUCUCAAAAAAGGUGAAUCCAUAGCACCCAAGCUUCUGCAAUCCAUUCAAGACUCUCGAGUUUACCUUGUUGUCUUCUCAAAGAACUAUGCUUCCUCCACUUGGUGCUUACGUGAACUGGCAGAGAUACUUAACUGCGUUGAAACUUCAGUAAGACGUGUUAUACCUAUCUUUUAUGAUGUUGAUCCUUCGGUGGUGCGCAAACAGAGUGGAUGCUAUGACAAAGCAUUUGCAGAACACGAGAAGAGAUUCAGAGGAGAUAAAGUGAAGAUGGAGGAAGCCCAGAGAUGGAGAGAAGCUCUCACAGAAGUGGCCAAUCUCUCUGGUUGGGAUGUCCGAAAUAAGUCACAACAUAUCGUGAUUGAAAAAAUUGUUCAGGAGAUAUUAAGUAUAUUGAGUCCCAAUUUUUCAAGUAUUCCAAAUGAUCUAGUUGGGGUGGAAUCUCCUCUCGAAGAACUACAACAACUUUUACUUUGCGACCCAGUUGAUGAUGUACGCAUUGUAGGAAUUUGUGGAAUGGGUGGAAUAGGAAAGACUACACUUGCUACUGUUCUAUAUGGUAUAAUCUCUCAUCAAUAUAAUGCUCGUUGUUUUAUUGAUGAUGUAAACAAGAUUUAUAGAGAUUGUGGAACAAUUGGUGUAGUAAAGCAGCUCCUUCAUCAAACUCUAAAUGAAGAAAACCUUCAGAUACACAAUCUUUAUAAUGCAGCAAAUUUGAUGCGAAGAAGGUUUCGUUGUGUAAAGACUCUUAUAGUUCUUGACCAUGUUGAUGAAGUUAAAGAACGAGAGAAAUUAGUGGUGAAUCGGGAAUGGUUAGGAGAAGGAAGUAGAGUCAUCAUAAUUUCCAGAGACAAGCAUAUCUUAAAAGAGUUUGGAGUGACGACAGUGUACGAUGUUCAACUCUUGAAUGAUGCUAAUUCUCUGAAGUUGUUUUGUAAAAAGGCUUUCAACAGUGAUGAAAUUGUAGGAGGUUACAAAGUCUUGACACAUGCUGUGUUACAAUAUGCUAAGAGCCUACCACUAGCAAUUAAAGUACUAGGCUCAUUUUUGUUUGGUCGAAGGGUGUCAGAGUGGAGAAGUGCCUUGGUUAGGUUGAAAGAGAAUCCCAACAAAGAUAUUUUGGAUGUGCUUCAAAUCAGUUACGAUGGACUAGAUGACUUGGAAAAGCAAAUAUUUCUGGACAUUGCUUGUUUCUUCAGUGGGUAUGAGGAGUUGUAUGUGAAGAAAGUUCUUGAUUGUCGUGGAUUUCAUCCUGAAAUUGGAAUCAGAGUCCUCCUUGACAAGUCACUCGUAAACAAUUUCCAUGGAUUCAUUAAAAUGCAUGAUUUGUUGAAAGCUUUGGGCAGGAAAAUUGUUCAAGGCAAUUCACCCAAGGAGCCAGCAAAGUGGAGCAGGUUGUGGUUAUAUGAACAUUUGUUUAGUAUGUCCAAGGCAAAGGAAACAGCGAACACUGAAGCGAUUGUUUUGGACAUGUUAAGAGAGAUAGAAGUAUUGGCGACUGAUGCUGAAGAGUUGUCCAAAAUGAGUAACCUUCGGUUGCUUAUACUCCAUGAUGUGAAGUUUAUGGGAAACCUAAGUUUUCUGUCCAAUAAACUGCAGUUUCUUGAGUGGUCUCACUAUCCUUUCUCCUAUUUACCAUCAAGUUUUCAACCGAAUUCACUUGUUGAAUUGAUCUUGCCACAUGACAACAUCAAACAACUAUGGAAAGGCACAAAGUAUCUGCCAAAUCUAAGAGCUUUGGAUCUCAGAGACUGCAAGAAUCUUAUUAAGAUUCCAGACUUUACAGGGCUUCCAAAUCUUGAGUGGAUAAUUCUUGACAGAUGCACAAAACUUGUCUGCAUCCAUCCAUCAGUUGGACUUCUAAGAAAGCUUGCUCUUUUGAGUUUGCAAAACUGCAUAAAUUUAGUGAGUCUACCAAGCAAUAUAUUGGGUCUGAAUUCUCUUGAAUAUCUGAAUAUCUCUGGCUGUUCAAGAGUAUUUAGUAACCACCUUUUAGAUAAACCCAUACAUGACCAUUCAAAGAUUCUUGAUAUCAGGGAAAAUUCCAUGCAAUCCCAAUCUACAUCCUCUUCCAUCAUAAAGAAACUCAUUGUUCCUUUCAAUUUCUCGUACUACAGAGGGUUUAGAAAUUCACGUGGCUGUUUGUUGCAUUCCUUGCAUAACUUCUUCUGUAUGCAUGACCUUAAUAUAAGUUUCUGCAAUCUAGCACAAAUCCCUGAUGCUAUUGGAUCCAUGCAUUCCCUAGAAACCUUAAAUUUGGGGGGAAACCACUUUGUUACCCUCCCUUCGAGCAUCAACAAGCUUUCCAAACUCGUACAUUUAAACUUGGAGCAUUGCAAGCAAUUAAGAUUUUUCCCUGAGAUGCCAUCACCUACUGCUUUGCCUGUCACAAGAGAAACCUACAGUUUUGGUCGUUAUGAAAGGGGAUUACUUAUUUUCAACUGUCCUAAAAUAGUUGAUAUUGAAGGUUGUCAGAGAAUGACUUUUGCAUGGUUCUUACAAAUCCUUCGGUUGAGCAAAGAAUCGCGUACCCCUAUUAAUUUGAUUGAUAUUGUUCUUCCUGGUAAUCAGAUUCCGAGAUGGUUCAAUCAGAGUCUUGGUACUUCAAUUAGCUUAGACCCAUCUCCCAUUAUGCAUGACAAUAACUGGAUGGGCAUUGCGUUCAGCUUGGUGUUUGUGGCAUAUGAAAACCAGUCUAAUUUGGAUCUCGAUUUAGGAUCCUAUGUAGGCAUUGGUUUUCACACGAACCCCUUUUUUUCCUCUAUCGAAAUGCCAGUACUUCUUACAGAUUUGGUCACCGUCGGAAUGCAUCACUUGUGGCUACUCUUCUUGACCAGGGAAGAAUUUUUUUCUUAUUUUCAAAUAGAAGGAACGCUUUAUGUUAACGGCAUGGAAAUGCAUACCACCGCCGGUGAUUCUCAAGGUUUGCACAUUGAGGUGAUCAGUUGCGGAUAUCAAUGGGUGUUUGAGAAGGAUCUGGAUAACCUAAACCCCACAAAAAUUAGGAAAGAACACAUCAACACUCAUUUUGGCGAUGAAGGAAAUUCAAUCCUUUCUUUAGUAGAUGGACACUAGUCAUGGUGGUUUCCAUUUAUCUCUAUAAUCAUGAGAUGAAACGUUCAUAGUAUUGACAGGAGAGGUGAUGACCCUGAUGUAAAAUGUUGGAUUCUUUGAUGUUUUUCUUAAGGUGUCUGUAUGGGUAAUGUUGUAUGACUUAUAAGAAUGAAUGCUAAUAAAAAUAUUUUAAAUUAUUUGAGGUAGCAAAUAAA